AUGACAAAGGAGGUUGUCCAUGUGAUCGAUCUCGAAAGUGGGAACCUGCGCUCACUGCAGAACGCCAUCGAGCACCUGGGAUAUGAGGUGGAGUUUAUUAGACGUUUAGAAGACGGCUCUUUGAGGCAUGUCCAGAAGUUGAUCCUCCCUGGAGUUGGCAACUUUGGCCAUUUCGUUCGCGAGCUGCGUGCGCGUGGGUUUGUGGAGCCUCUGAUAGAGUACAUAGACAGUGGCCGCCCACUCAUGGGGAUCUGUGUUGGGUUACAGACAUUCUUUAAACGGUCCGAAGAGAGCCCAGAAGUACAGGGUCUGGGGCUUGUGGAUCUUGAUCUCGGCCGAUUUGACGAGUCAGACAAGUCUGUGCCAGAGAUUGGAUGGAACUGUGUUCGUGUUUUGGGUUCAGAGGACGGCAAGACACUGUAUGCCAUGGAUCCGGGCUCCAGAUUCUAUUUUGUCCAUUCUUACGCAGGAGUCGUCAGCAGCGAGGAUAUCGACCGGUUGCAAAACGAGGGCUGGACUUUGGCCGUGGCGACGUACGGGUCGGAGACUUUUAUUGCCGCUGUGGUGAAGAAUAAUAUUUUUGCUACGCAGUUCCACCCAGAAAAGUCAGGAGCUGCUGGGCUCCGGUUGAUCGAGUCGUUUUUGAAGCAGGAAAAAAAUACUACUAUUGUGAACAGGGCUCUUGAUGAUGUUGAGAAGACCCCUACGGGUCUCACACGUCGUGUGAUUGCUUGUUUGGACGUCAGAACUAAUGAUAAUGGUGAUCUCGUUGUCACCAAGGGAGAUCAGUACGAUGUCCGCGAAAAAAGUGAUGGCGGAGACGUGCGAAACCUGGGGAAGCCGGUGGAGAUGGCCGAAAAGUACUAUCGCCAGGGCGCAGACGAGGUGACGUUCCUCAAUAUCACAUCGUUUAGAAACUCUCCAGUGAAAGACGCUCCUAUGCUCGAAGUGCUGAGACUAGCGGCCAGGACCUGUUUUGUUCCCCUCACAGUUGGGGGAGGAAUUAAGGACGUGGUAGACCCGGACGGGACUCGCAUCCCUGCUUUGGAAGUGGCCAAGCUGUAUUUCCGUGCCGGAGCAGACAAGGUUUCGAUAGGUUCUGACGCAGUGAGUGCAGCCGAGGACUUCUAUGCCAAUGGCGGCAAAUGCACCGGCACGACCCCAAUCGAGACGAUAUCCAGAGCAUAUGGAAUUCAGGCUGUUGUGAUUUCCGUCGAUCCAAAAAGAAAGUACAUUGCUGAUCCUACCAAGUGCAAUCACAAAUGCAUUGAGACUAAAUUUCCAGGGCCUCAUGGAGAAAAAUACUGCUAUUACCAGGUCACAUCGCAGGGAGGCCGUAAAGUCCAUGAGCUAGGUGCCUACGAACUCUGCCAGGCGUGUGAAAAAUUGGGAGCUGGAGAGGUGCUACUCAACUGCAUAGAUAAAGACGGAACAAAUUCCGGAUACGAUUUCGAGCUGAUCAACCACAUUAAAAGUGCAGUGUCGAUUCCCGUGAUAGCUUCCAGUGGAGCAGGAAAACCCGAACACUUCGAGCAGGUUUUCAAAAACACCUCCGUUGAUGCUGCUUUGGGAGCUGGCAUGUUCCACCGCGGCGAAUACACUGUCAAACAGGUCAAGGACUACAUGAGAGAACACGGUCUGUGCGUGCGCUUAGACGAGCAGAUGGAAUAAGCAGGAACAACCAACGAUGCCUGUAAAAUACAUAAUAUGAUACAUCUAAUCUAAAGAUUUUUCGAACUCCUCUAUUUUUUCUGCUCUCUUUCUGGCCUCCUCUUCCGAGAUCUUCGUACCGGCGCUGACACUGAACUGUCCGCCACAGCCCACUAUCACAAUAUUGUGGUCUCUGGUGGCGGUGUUGUUGAUUCUGGUAGGCGUAGCAACGUCCUCAUCCAAGUUUCCAAGUCCAAGCGCAUAGGUGUCUGCAAAUCCCCACGAAAAAGCAAUACCGUCCUCAGUGACAGCAAUCGAAUGGUGAGAGCCAGCAGCAACAGCCUUACAUUUAGGAAGAGUGGUCAGUUUUGUGGCAACAGGAAGAGAUCUGACAUUGCCAUGUUCGUCGGUGAUCACACCGUCUUUUGGGAGCUUCUCCUUCUUGAUGCCGAUCUCUUUCAUGUCAAAUCGGCCAAAAGUGUAAACUUCACCAGAAGACGAUAGAGCCAACGAGUGGUGUUCUCCACCUGUCACAUAAACAAUGUCCUUACCCGUCAGCUCCUCAAUUUCGGUCGGUUUUGAAACGACAGCCCCAUCCUCAAUGUUAACGUGGAUUCCACACUGACCGUAUUGGUUCAGUCCCCAGCUCAGAACCCUACCAUCAGUGGUUAUGGCAAACGAGUGAAAUUCUCCUGAGCCAAUAGCUUUGACAUUUUUCAGUCCAAAGGAGCGUGGCUCCAGAGACGUCAUUCUGGUUCUCUCCAAGAUCUUUCUUCCCAGCUGGUACUGCUGUCCGUUACCCCAUGCAUACACAACUCCCUUGGUGUCCAGACCUAGCAAAUGGUCUUUUCCGGCAGCCAAUUGGACAAUGUUCUCGAAAUCGGGAAUCUUCACGGGGGUUCGUUGGAUCUUGACAGAUUUGUUGAAUCCCAAAAUUCCCUCGUUGCAUCUGAAUGUUCCCCAGGCGUAAACUUCACCCGUCUCGUACAAGGCAGCGGACAAGUUGUCGGUGGCGGCUAGCUGCACAAUUUUUUUGUCCUUUGGCAAACCUUCCACGACAGCAGGUGUCGAUUCCAAAGGAUUCAAUUCACCGUCUUCGUCUUCACUAUCGGCGUCGGCGUCCUUUAGCUGCUCGGCACCAGAUUUAGCAGUGUCUCUUCCUAGAACCCCGGAGUCAUUUCCUCCCCACGACCAGACUUGAUUCCGGUGAUCUAGGGCUAGAGUGUGCAUUCCCCCCACAGCAAGAUCGACAAUUCCGACCUCUUCUUUCUUCAAGAAAGGGUUCAGCCUCGGCCUCUUGACCUCUUUUGUGCUGGCAGCUGGUCCAAGACCUAGCUCGCACAUAGAUCCCGAACCCCACACAAAGACAUCGAGCAAAUCAGUUUUAGGGACAGGAAUCGUGUUGAUUGUCUUCAAUCUCGAGGCUCUCAAGGCUUGGAAAGAGUGCGACGUUUUUGCCCUCUUGGCGUCAAUUGGGCCCUCUGACGAACUACGUUUGGUUCCAUUGACCUGUGUCUCGCUUGAUCUUUUCAGAGCCACCAUAAUGAAUAUAC